CACUCAAUAUGCAAUCUGUAUUUUGUGGUGCAAGCCGUGAGAAACGACUAACGAGAAUGGCAUUUGGCAUUUCUGCGUGAAAUUUAAUUAGUUUUUGUGAACAAGUGCAUUUUUCUUGCAAUAGUAAUUAAUUUACCCCCGCAAUAUUUAUUCGCUUAUUUGUAUAAUGGCAGCAGUUAUUGUGAUUAAUUAUGAGCAGUGUUAAGUCAUUUUGUCGAAUUGUUAAGUGAGUAGUGUUUAGGGUGGUUGCUCAGUGCUCCAGGUUUUGUUUCUUGUAAUAAUGGAUUGAGUAGCCGCUAGCGUUGUUGGAAUUCAAAAUAUUCGUGUAAGGACGGGAUGGAUGAGGGUCUACUCAAUGACCUGUUGGAGUGUUCAGUCUGUUUGGAGCGCCUGGACACAUCAUCGCGAGUCUUGCCAUGCCAACACACAUUCUGUCUCAAAUGUCUCAAGGUAAUAGUCGAAUCUCACAAAGAGCUACGAUGCCCCGAGUGUCGGGUCCUGGUAGAGGCAAAGGUGGAGGAACUGCCUCCCAACGUCCUCCUCAUGAGGAUCCUGGAGGGCAUGAAGAACUCCGCACCCAGGAAAGUCUCUGUGCAGAGAGUUAGGACUGCGCACGCGCAGGGCCAGGUACAAACGCAGCCAUCGUCUCGAUCAGACAAGCAGGUGCCGCCGCACGGGAGAGCUAUGUACGAUUAUAUUUCAAAGGAACCUGGUGACCUUUCGUUCAAGAAGGGAGAGACGAUUUUGCUGCAAAAGAAGUUGGACCCUUUCUGGUAUCACGGAGAGUGUUCUGGUCGCAGCGGAGUGUUCCCUAUCACCUAUUUGCAGGUGAUAGUGCCGUUGGCCGCGGCCCCCGCGUUGUGCAAAGCGCUGUACGACUUCCGGAUGUCCGCCCCGGACGAGGAGGGCUGUCUCGCUUUCGACAAGGGGGCUAUAAUCACGGUCCACCGGCGAGUGGACGAGAACUGGGCCGAGGGUCGCCUCGAGCAGCGAGUGGGCAUCUUCCCCAUCGCAUUCGUCGAACUCAACCAGGCCGCCUCUCACCUCAUGAACAGCAGUCCGAUAAAUCGCCCCGUCCCCCCCGCGCCGGAGCACGUCAGAGCGGGACACUCGGAGCACCGGCAUCAGGCUCAGCACCCUCAUCGGUAUCAACAGAUGUCCGCGUCGACCCCCGCCUCGGCGCAGGGCAACUACCAGAACGUGGCCGACGCGACCCACGCGACCUCCCAAACGGCGACCCGGCCGACCCAGGGAUCGGGCCCGACGUCCGCCCGCCGCGCCGCCAGCCCGAGGGUCGCGGAGCCCACUCGGGCCAAGUGCCUUCUCGACAUCGUCCACUUCACGAACGCGCACAAGGGGUUCGGGGUGCAGAGCGUGUCCCGCGUCGACGACACCUACGACAGGUUCGGGGCCAAGCUCGACAAUCACUCGAACGGGGCCGACGUCGCCUAUCAGAACGUCCGCGCCGAACGCUUUCCGGUCGCGGCCUUCAAUUCCAACUUGAGCUCGGACUCGAGCUCCAGCGCGAACACGCCGUCGUCGACGACCACGCCCAACACCAGCUCCGACACCAGCACCAGCGAGAGCGCCGAGCCCAGUCUGCCCGACUCGCCCGACGACGACACCGAGAGGAACCCGACGGUCGCGGCGCCGGAGGACGAUCGGGAGCGGACUAGAGAUGCCUCGCGAGACCGAACCCGUCCGCGAGACCAGAAGGCUACGGCGGCUCCGAACUCGAGCGAGUGUUCGACGGCCACGAACACCUCGCUGAACGUAAGUUUACCGACCGAGUCCUCCUUCGUCGAGGCUCGCGAGGCCGAGCCGACGAGUCUGCCCUGCUCGUCGAGGAUCACUCGAUCCGCCGGACCGGAGGUGAGGUGCAGCGGACCGGACUCGCUUCUCAACUUCGGCCUGGGGCUGCAGGCGGCGCUGUCGCCCUCUCACGGCAGAGACGACUACGCGACGAGGGCCCCGAGGGACCGUCAUCUCAGAGAGAAACGGCACAGUUUGACGCCGACCACGCAUUUGCAGGGAGGCCACAACCAGAACAGACAUUCCGCCGAAAUCCUGGCGACGUCGCUGCUCGAUCACACGCCGGAGCGAGACGUGAGGGGCGAGAGGGAGAGAGAGAGAGAGAGGAGACGACGGCGGUCUCGAAGCGACGAGCGCCCUCUGCCGGCCGCGUACGUCGCGCUGUAUCCGUACAGACCGCAAAAACCCGACGAGAUCGAGUUGAAGAAGGGAGACCCGUUCUCCGCAGGCGUGUACACGGUCCGCGAGCGCUGUCGCGACGGCUGGUACAAGGGCUGGUGCGAGCGGCUCCAGCGCGCGGGAGUCUUUCCCGGGAACUACGUGGCGCCCCUCACGCCCGUGGCCAACCGGAUCAAACACGACAAGUCGGCGGUCAUUUCGAGCGGUAAGACGGCGCCUCCGGCGAGCGACGGCGGCAACCCGAGCGCGCCGGCCGCCGCCCCCGCCGCUCCGGCCCCGCCCGACGCCCCGCCGAGAGCCGACAGUCCCCCGGCCGCCGCUCAAACGCUUUCAAUUUCAGCUCAACCGUCGACGUAUCCUUGGAGUGCGCCGACCCAGUCGCAGCAGGGCACUCCCCGAGCCGACAAAGUGAGAUCUAGGGUCGAUUUCGUCGGUCGGACGACCUCAUCUCGGUCAAUGAAACCGACCGAUGUCAAAUUCCAGGCGAAGGACAGAGCGAAGUCCGAGAAGUCGUCGAUCUCGAGCGGCGUGAGUCUGAUGAAGCGAUUGGCGGCCAUGAAGAAGUGCAAGUCUCCGCCGCCCGUGGGCUACAGCAUGGACAAUCCGGUGUUCGACGACUCGCCCAACGCGUCUCUGGUGUACGCCGCGCAACACUCCGUGCACGUGCGGUCGGGCUCGUGCCCCUCGCAGUUGCUGCGAGCGUUGCCCGCGGGACCGACCUCGGCGGGGCAGAACCCGGCCCCCGCGGGUCUGACCGUGGCCAGGCACAAGGAGCGUCCGCACGAUCAUCGCAUGCUCAGUCGCGGCAGCACCGAAGGCCUCCGGCAGAACCAGCAUCGCAAGUCGCAAAGUCUGGACGUGACGGCCGCCCGAAGGGACCGACAUCACUCGCAGCAGGUCAAAGAGAGAUUUCGCUGCGUGGUCCCGUACCCCCCGAACUCCGAAUACGAGUUGGAGUUGAAAGUGGACGACAUAGUGACGGUCUGCAAGAAGAGAGGCGACGGCUGGUACAAGGGCACGCUGCAGAGGACCGGCAGGACCGGGCUCUUUCCCGCCUCUUUCGUUCAGAGCUGCCCGCCCGAGUGACGGACCGACCGAACGUCGGACGCUAAACUGUCCGGCGUGAAGCGGAUUUCGACGAGACAUUUUGACUUUUCGUUUUGGUAAUUGUGAUGAGGAGGUUCUCACUGCCGCGUCGACGAAGAGUUUUAUUUAAUGUGAAAUCAAAUUUAAACUUAGAUUGUAUAGAAUUUUGUGAAGUUAUUUUUAGUUUCGAUACGCUUAUUAUUUUACAAAAAAAAACCGUCCCCGAAAGGGUGAACGCCGGCGAGAGUCGCGACUCGACUCGCGUUUGCGCCGCUGCCAUAUUAUUCAUAAUCAGAUUCUUUAUUGACUUAAUUCGACCGUUCGCUUCGUUUGCGACCCAUUAGAGGCACGGUUUUCGUUAUAAUUUAAUGCAACUCUGGAGCAUUUUUAUAAAAAAAAAUGAUAGCGUGUAUAAAGUUGAAGAUAUGGAAAUAUUUUAUCGAGGUAUUUUUAUGCGACCGAUUUUCGAAGCAAUAAAGUAGACAAUUAGUACAACGAUAUAUGAAAUGCUGUAAUCGGAUUCCGAUCCGACGUUUAUCUUACCCGGGAGAGGCGACCUCGUCGUAGACGACUCGCAGUGUCGUUCCGUUACCGACUCCCGGGAUCCGUAUCGAGUCGAGCGUCCGACUAUUUCUAUAUAUCACGCCUUUGUAUCGAGUGUAACCUUGGAGUAUCUAUACUAUAAGUGAAAUAUCGAAUUUCCGCUUCAUGGUUUUCACCAGAGUGUUUUAUGCGGCACGAAUAUUUGUAUCUGAGGCCCCAUUCGUGCCCCUUAUUUGUCUGUUGCCACUACGAUCACAAAAUCAAUAGCGAAAGCUUGGCACUAGACCUUGUCGAACUUCAAAAAAAAAAGGAAUGGAGUAGUUUCCACAGGUCCCUUACUAUGGGUACUUGCACACAUUCUUAUCCUAUAUUUUCUUAUGGCUUUAAUUAUGCAAUUACUUUCGAUUGAUCGAAUCGUAGAAAAUCUAUCCUUACAGCCGAGUCUCUGAAUCGUUAAAUUGAGAGUUGCCAGACUGUUAUAAAUUAACUUAAAGCUAAAGUGAUAGGUUUUUAUUAUAACACCUGUGGACCUCGAGCGCCAUAAUGAUAAAUAUUCACUGGCGUUCACGCGCCGCGUAAUCGGCUGAAAGUCUAAUGCUCGACUGGAUAUGGAAUCCGGGUAACUUUUAUUUUAAGGUAAAAUUCUCUAUUCUACUUUUUGACAAUUUCUACGUUGGAGAUGGGAUGCUUCGAAUGAUCCGUUUUAAAUUGAACUAGUACACAUAGGAUAUUAAUUUUAGAGAAAAUUCAGCAAUUGUACUAGAAACAUUAUUAACAGCGUUCUAUACAGAUCGUAGGUUAGUCUUCGGAGGUUUUCGAGGGCAGAUAUUUUCAUUGAGUUCUUUGAUUCCGCUGAAUUUGCCAGCUGACAAGCCUUCUUUGUCUGCCACCGAAAAUCUCAUCGUAGUUGUAGGAAAUUUUAUCGUUUCUACAAAUUAUUCAAUAGUUUUAAGGACUUUGUAUGUGAGAGUGCAUGACUUUUGUACGAAUAGACCUUAUCCGACGUUUUGUGGAAAUUUUUAUAACAAUUUGGGACGAGUGUAUUAUGAUGCGAUAAUUAUAUAUUUCAUUUAACGUUUAUGAUUGCACCGUAUUAUUAUAUACAUUAUUUACAUAUCGUGUCAUUUUUAUUAAUUUGACUAAAAAUCUAAUGAAUUUCGGCCACAUAGUGUAUUGUCGGAAAGCAUGCACUCAUUUUGUGUAAAAUGCUCAAUAUUUUUUUCUAUUUAACUCUUUUUACUUCGAAAAACACGAAAGUGCGAUUAAAAUUGUUGGAACUGUUUUUCGAAGUUCGCUUCGUUCGGUUUAACUCGAAGCGACGAUAGCCCUGCGAAGGAGCCGUCGAUUCGUGUCGAGUCGCGUGAGUGCAAGAGAGCCUUUAGCAGUAAGUUGUAUAUUCUACGUAGGAAUAAUUUCCCGUAUUUAUUAUAUUUUUACUCAUUUCUACGUCCUUAUACUCAUGGUAACUAUGAAGAACUGAUUUUUUGUAAGUGUAUUUAAUUUGAAACUUUGUAGAUGUAGAUGGAACCCUUUUAUUUCCAAACAACGAAUUUGUUUCUCUACUACGAUACGAGUAGGUUUUGAUACCAACGUUUUAGGUAAAUUGUUACAAUUAUUAGUGAAAUUUUAAAAAUGUUUGGCAGAAGUUUACUUGUAAAAAUUGAUGUCAUUUUAGCGUAUGCUGUAGUUGGAAAUUUAGGAUAAAAUACUUCAUUUGAUUUAACGAGGCAAAAGAACCAUAUCGAUGGCAGUUAGGCGAUUUUGGAGAGAAAUAAAUAAUUUCUUCUGGA